UAUUCUUUUAUUAUGGUUGGCAUAUCAUAUUAUACCUAUCAGCACUUGUGAUAUUUACAUUAGAUUAUACAUAUCGGUAUAUUUUGAAUUGCUGGUAUUAUAAUAACCUAAUUCAUUUAAAAUUCUAAAUCAUAUUUAUAUACAAACUGGAUUUAUCAUAUAGAUUAAAUGUAGAUCUUUACAUAAUUUUAUCUUAGAAUCUACCGACUGCUUUUAGACAGUAAUACUUUCAAAUAUAUUAUUCGUUUUUGUUGACGUUUUUCAUCAUUAUGUGUACUGUCAUGAUCUUGCACUAGGCCGAAUAGUAUACUGAAUUCAAUCAAGGUGAUUCGCGAUAAAUUUUAGGAAUAAAAUGGCGAUGCCCUGAAAUGUUAAGUUGUGAACGACAAGUAGUAAUUAAUGUAUUUUUCAGAAAUUUACGUAUGAAUGAAUACAUUCACAGGUCAGUUGCAGCCGCAAAAUCUAUUAAAACUGAGAUUAAAUAGUGAUUACUAAUUCGACAGCCCAAUGCGGCUCAUUAAUAAUUUGCUAAGACUAAAUGAUGACUUCGAUGUUGCCUAGCUUUAAUCCGCCUAUUGUGAAGCGAUUGUUGGGUUGGAAAAAAGCUGAUGGAGAAGAUAAGUGGAGUGAAAAAGCUGUAAAAAGUCUUGUUAAAAAACUUAAAAAAUCUACUGGUUUGGAAGAACUUGAGAAAGCUAUCACAACUCAGAACUGCAAUACUAAGUGUAUUACUAUACCGAGGUCUAGUCCCGGUGGUGUAGCUGAUAACGGAGUUCAAGGUGUACGAGGAAAAGGGUUGCCGCAUGUAAUUUAUUGUCGUCUUUGGAGGUGGCCAGAUCUUCAGUCUCAUCACGAGCUUAGGGCUAUUGAUCAUUGUGAAUACUCUUUUACUCAAAAAAAGGAUGAGGUGUGUGUAAACCCUUACCAUUAUCAGAGAAUACAAACACCUGUUUUACCAGCUAUUUUGGUACCGAGACAUAAUUUUUCAAAUGACGAUUCGGUACUAUACAAUACAUCUUUUGAAGAACUUAACGUUAGUGUUCCUGAAAAUACAAGUUUUCACGCUACACUAAAUCAUCGAUAUAGUAAUCAGCAAGGCAUCCCUCAUUCAUCACAACAGCAACAACCAAAUAAUCCAUAUCAAGCGAUGCAGAAUAUGCAAGCAACCAGUCCCGCAAGUGUAGGAAGUUUGGGAAGUAUUCAAGGUUCACCUCAUCCUGCGUCUGGGUCAAUGGAUCCACCGGCAGAUACUCCGCCACCUGGAUAUAUUAGCGAAGACGGUGAUAAUAUUGACCACAAUGACAAUAUGUCUCUUUCACGUUUAUCACCUAGUCCUGUAGAUGCUCAACCGGUUAUGUAUUGCGAACCAGCAUUUUGGUGUUCGAUAAGCUACUACGAAUUAAAUACAAGAGUUGGGGAAACAUUUCAUGCUUCACAACCGAGUAUAACGGUGGAUGGAUUUACGGAUCCCAGUAAUUCUGAACGUUUUUGUCUUGGUUUGCUGUCAAAUGUUAAUAGAAAUACAGUGGUGGAGCAAACCAGACGACAUAUUGGCAAAGGAGUUAGAUUGUACUAUAUCGGUGGGGAAGUUUUUGCUGAGUGUCAAUCUGAUUCAAGCAUUUUCGUUCAAAGCCCAAACUGUAAUCAACGCUAUGGAUGGCAUCCAGCGACUGUCUGCAAAAUACCUCCAGGCUGCAAUCUGAAAAUCUUCAAUAAUCAGGAAUUCGCAGCCUUGUUAUCACAAUCAGUAUCUCAGGGAUUUGAGGCCGUUUAUCAACUAACAAGAAUGUGUACAAUAAGGAUGAGUUUCGUAAAAGGCUGGGGUGCAGAGUAUCGUCGUCAAACUGUAACUUCAACUCCAUGUUGGAUUGAACUUCAUUUAAAUGGGCCCCUCCAAUGGCUUGAUCGAGUUCUUACGCAAAUGGGAUCACCUCGCUUACCUUGUUCCUCAAUGUCUUAAGAAUAAUCAUUUAAUACGUAUGAAAUAAUCAAUGGCAAAAAAAAAAUGAUCUGUAAAAUUUUAGUCAUUAUUUUUUAAUUGGAGAUUAAUUUCAUUUGUAUGAUAAUUUUGUAACUUUCCUUUAAUAAUCAUUUAUAUUUAAUAUAAUUAAAAUUCAUUCAACAUUUAUCAUUAGAAUCCUUUUUCAAAUUUUGAAAAAUAAACGUUGAGUAAUCAGUUACUUAUGUAAAGUCCUAGUCGCUCUCUGCUCCCUUCACUGGGCAUCCAUGUUUAAAAAUACUGAUGGAAAAUAAUUAAAAAACAUGAAAUUCGAAUUUUUUUCAAUAAUUUCAAUUCUUUUAUUUGUAUAAAAAGAUAUAUAGUUUGCAUGGAGUGAUUGCUUCUCAAUUACCUGAUAGCCAGAGUUUCAGACCAACAAAGUUGGUAUCAGAUACUUGCCACCAACUUAGCGACAACUUACGUUCAAGUUCCGAAUUUGUAGCUGUUAGCAUCAAGUUGGCUACAAGUUUCUGAGAAAAAGAAGACCAAUCUACUGCCGCAAUAUGUCGUGAAAUUCCUUGAGAAACUUGUCGUCAACUUGAUGUGAAAAAGUUUCAGAAGCAGUUUUUGCCGACAACCGAGUUGAUUUUCAAAACUUGCUGCCAACUUGGUGAUAAGUUGCGGCAGUAGAUUGCAGAAAGUUGCGGUCAACUUGGCUAUCAAGGUUCUUUUAAAUCAGUAUUCUUAACCAGGGAUAGUAUGAAAUUUGAUUUUCAAAUUAAGAAUAAGUUUGGCUGAAAUGUUUCUUUUACUACCUUCUACAGAUUCAAAAUUCAAUAAAACUUACUUAUA